UUUACAUCAUUGUUCCAGAAAGAUCUAGGCCCGUCUCUGCGCCCAUUGCCAGUGGUGUAUAUAAGUUGACUGGCAGGACAGGCAUCAGGUUGUAUUUGAGCAGCAUCGUGCUGUUUAGAGACAAAAUGGACAUCGCCAUCCAGCAUCCUUGGUUCCGCCGCUCCUUCUGGACAUCCUUCUUUCCCACCCGGAUCUUUGACCAACAUUUUGGGGAACACAUUUCAGAGAGUGAUGUGUUGGCACCCUACCCUUCGCUAUACUUUCCACGCCCUUCCUUCUUUCGCUGGCCCAGCUGGGUGGACAGUGGGCUCUCAGAGAUGAGAUUGGAAAAAGACUGUUUUACCAUCAAUUUGGAUAUAAAGCACUUCGCACCCGAGGAACUGUCAGUAAAGAUCAGCGGAGAUUAUAUCCAAGUUCAUGCCAAACAUGAGGAUCGCCAGGAUGACCACGGUUUUGUCUCACGAGAGUUUCUCAGAAAAUACCGUGUCCCAUCUGGAGUGGACCCGGCCAGCAUCACGUCAUCUAUCUCUUCUGACGGAGUCCUGACCAUCACGGCACCUCGCAAGGCCUCUGAUGCUCCCGAGCGCUUUAUUUCUAUCACUCGCGAAGACAAGCCUGCAGUGUCUGGCCCACAGAAGAAGUAAAGCUGCAACAUGUUAUCAAGUCUGUCAUCCCUGUGUUUCCCCUGCUGAUCCACUGUGCUCCCCUGCACUUGCACUCCACUACUGGGUCUAAUCAGGAGACAGAGAGAAAGAGUCAAGAUUGGCAUGGCUAGAAAGUUUCUCUUUUCCAUCCAGAAGUUAAACAUGGCAUUGACCAAUUGGCUGCUAGAUCUAAACCAUUUACACCGCUGGAGUUUUGUUUGUACCAUGCGGCCGCUAGUCAUAAAACACAUCCACCAAAUAUAAGGGCUCUUUGUCUUUCAUAGCUGGUUAAACCCAAACAAUGGCUGCACAGAGUCUGUGAGGGUUUGUGUGUAGGAAGCCUGAACUUUUGGGCAUCUGUUGUGAUGAAAACGAGAAAGAACAGAGUGAUGGAAUUUCUAAACCUAUAAUCUCAUAUUUCAAAGAAGUGCAUGGUUUUGACAUUCUUGUGUUUCAAAUGCAUAGAAUGGGAGGUGAUGUUCUGUGCUAUGAGAAAAGGAAAGUUUAUUCAGUGAUUUGAUGUUUCGUUUUCACAAUGAACUUGGGACCAGACAAUACAAAGAGAUCAGGUGCAGGUAGUGAAGGAAGAGGAAAUGCUGUAGUGAAGAAAACAAACUCUUCUUGUUCCUUAACGUAUGUCGCUCAAGUCUGGUUUGUUUACUACUCCUGUAGGACGUGUAGUGAUUGGAAACUUGCUGUUAACUCAGUAGUGAUGGCGGUUUUCGAAAGCAUUACGACUAAAUUACAGAGAGUUUCUUUAAAACAAGAUUCUUAAGGAAUGUGUCUAUUCACUUUUGUCGUAAACAUGAUACUGAAAGUGGAUGUGUAUGUAUAAAUGUAUGUAUAAAUGUUUGGGAUGGUGCAUGAUGGUAUGUGAGUAUACCAUAUAAUGAGGUGAAGUGUUAUUUUGUUUUACCAGAGCACCACCUCACAAAAGCAACACUGACGAAGCUGCUAAACUAAGCGUUUAACUCAUUCAAUCAUUUUCUGACAAUGCAUGCUACAAAGAAAGUACAGGUUUUCACACAGCUAAUUUCUCACAUGUUCCCUGUGUUCACCAUUGCAUAAUAAAUACCAAAGAGGAACAAAUGCAGGGGAGCACACAAGUCGGCGUUUGAGGCAAGGCGGCCUUUUUACACUCUUCUGGUCCCAGAAUUUCCUUUCCUAUGUUAUUCUAAGAUGAAACGUAAUAAGAGCAAAUGACUAAACUAGUCUCAGAUCAGUGAAAAAGGCCUACAUUCUACUGCUUUGUUAGUUCCCUGCUUUAACAUUUCUGACUAUUCACACCACACCACCAAGCAAAAUGUAGCCACAGUGGUUUCCGUGUGUAUACCGAUGGCUACGAGCUAUUAAUAAAACCUUGGGUCA